CGCCAUGGCACGAGUGGGCGGCGCGGUGACCAUCAGCAUACCCCAGGGUGCGCUCCGAGGCCGCAGGCUCAAGACGCCCUCCGGCAGAACUUACUGCAGCUUCCAGGGCAUCCCUUAUGCCAAGCCACCCGUAGGACCGCUCAGGUUCAAGUCGCCGGAACCACCAGAACAAUGGAGUGGCAUACGAAACGCGACAAAGGAAGGCAAUGUAGCUCCGCAAAUAGACUUCCUUAUGACAGCCAAGAAGGAAUAUGAGGGAGACGAAGAUUGUCUGUACCUAAACGUCUACACUGCUAAGCUACCAACAAGAGAAAAUGAAGAUCUCAUCCCCGUUAUGGUGUGGAUACAUGGAGGAGGAUUUUUGGUAGGUUCUGGGAGUACGGAAAUUUAUGGGCCAGAUCAUCUCAUGGAACAUGAUGUUUUGUUAGUGACCUUCAACUAUCGUCUUGGAGCGCUCGGGUUUCUGUCUACGGAGGACGAGUUGGUGCCCGGAAACGCAGGUCUCAAAGAUAUGGUGAUGGCUUUCAAGUGGGUGAAGAGCAACAUCGCCAGAUUUGGCGGUGACCCGGGCAACGUCACUAUAUUUGGUGAGAGCGCGGGUGCCGUAGCCUGUCAUAUACUCUCCAUGUCUUCUGCAGCCAAAGGUUUGUUCCAUCGCAUCAUUUGCCAAAGCGGGGCCCUAACGGAAGGUGUUAUGAACACUAACUGCAGAGAGAGAGCAUUCCGACUGGCCAGGUUCCUGGGUUUCACCGGGAACACCACGGAGGAACUGGUCGCCUUCAUGAGGGAGCAGCCGGCAAGAAAACUCGUCGAACAUGCGUCCGAGGCAGCUACGAAGGAGGAUAGGACGGAAUUCGCGCCUUUCGGAGCAUCGAUUGAGCCUCCUGGGGUACCGGACAGUGUGCUGACACAAGAUCCUUUCGAAGUACUAAGGAGUGGAAAAUUUAAGCCUGUGCCAUUGCUCCUAGGUAUCACCUCUCGUGAAGGACUCAUUUUUAUGCAAGCACUCUCCAGAGACAAAGCAGCAUGGCGAGAACUCAACCUGAGUUUUCAGAAAGCCCUACCUACCAGCAUUCCCAUCAAGAAGGAGGAGCGUGUCACUGUUGCUCGAGAUAUCAAGCGGUUUUACUUUGAUAACCAGCCGAUAGAGGAAUCUACAAUUGAUUUGUACGCUGACCUCCGUGCAGAUCUGCUGAUCACAUAUCCCUCGGUGACAGCUGCCAGGAUUCUCUCUUCCAUGUCUGCAGCUCAGCCCGUCUACUUGUACCACUUCGACGUCGUCUCGAAACUUAACGUUUUCAAGAAACAAUACGGUGGAGAACAGUUUUCUGGUGCCAGCCACUGUGAUGAUAUACCCUACUUGUUCUGUGGAGAAAAAACGAAGGACAUCCCGAAGGGACCAGAAACCGUCGAAGGCAAAGCUAUAGCGCGUAUGACGCGGCUUUGGACAAAUUUCGCCAAGACUGGGAAUCCGACGCCUGACCCAGGUGACACUCUGUUGUCGGUGACGUGGUUACCUUUCAAGAAGAACGAGGGCCAUUACCUAGACAUCACCAACGACGGAUUAAUUUCUAAGAAGGAUUUGAUGAAGGAUCGCAUUGACUUCUGGGACAAGAUCCUCAGAAAGUAAAGGAACUACAGAGCGUCCAACAAACUAUGAACACACUGAAUACAUAUAGAUAUUUCCUGACAUUAAUAUUUUGCCAUACAUUGUUUAUUACCGUCAUUCACGCUUGUCUUCCGGUAAAACAAUAAAGUGAAAACUUAAGUCUAGAAACUGGUGAUGAUACUUCAUAAAGUAGGCACUUUUCUACUUAUA